GUCUCGAGUUCCUCGCGCUGUAGCGCCCCCUGCAGGAACACGGCAGAGCUCCGACCGUCUGUCUGUCAGGAGACAGUUAUCUAUCAGUCGGCAGGAGCUGAUCGAAGCAGGCGCUGUGAACCGCUGCACUUCAUCAAUGAUGGCCUCCAAACAGACACCGCUAAUCAUUUGCUUUUGGAUAACCUUUUCAUUCUGUUUGACUGAAAAAGUCAGAGAAAAGACCGCCCGGCGAAGAGACACGGAGUUAACUGACAAGCACCAGAUGUGCGUGCAGGGUGUACCUGGAGUGCAGGGCAGGGAUGGGAACCCAGGAAUAAAUGGCAUCCCAGGCACCCCAGGAAUCCCUGGGAGAGACGGACUGAAGGGCGAGAAGGGACAGUGUGUGACCGAGAGGUUUGAGGAUCCCUGGAAACCCAACUUCAAACAGUGCGCCUGGAACUCUUUAAACUACGGCAUUGAUCUGGGCAAAAUAGCCGAGUGCACGUUCACCAAGCAGCAUUCGGACAGUGCUCUGCGUGUGCUCUUCAGCGGUUCUCUCAGGCUCAAGUGUAAGACGGCUUGCUGUCAGCGCUGGUACUUCACCUUUAAUGGGGCAGAAUGUACCGGACCGCUACCCAUAGAGUCCAUCAUUUACCUGGACCAGGGCAGCCCCGAACUCAACUCCACCAUUAACAUACACAGGACCUCCACAGUGGAGGGGCUCUGUGACGGGAUCCAGGCCGGGCUGGUGGAUGUUGGGAUCUGGGUGGGCACAUGUGCUGAUUAUCCUCGUGGAGACGCUUCGACUGGAUGGAACUCUGUAUCCCGGGUCAUCAUCGAAGAACUUCCAAAAUAAGCAUUUCAUCUUCAUAACUCAUCACUGUCACCAUGCCAAGAGAAGACUUUGUGUCCCUGUCACAGAAAGGACCUUGCUCAUAGAAACAGGACAAAUUAAGUUGUUUUGAGUCUGUGCAGCUCUCAUGUUUUAUAAGAUUAUUAUCCUCCGGCACAGUUUUGUGACAGUUAAGAUGGAUUCUGUUUGCUCAAUUUAGAUAGUACAGACAAUUACAAAAUAGAAGUACCAUGAUAGUACUGUGGUUCUGUGGACACUACCAUAAUGAAAGUACCUUGUACAAUGUAAAUAUCAUGGUAAAUAUGGCGUUACUAUAUGAGGUCAUCACUGUACUAUGCUACUGCCAUUUUAAAGAGAGUCUGAAAUGAUCCUUGCUUUGCUGAUAUUUAUUUAGUGGCUCUUCCUUUUGUGCCUGGAUGACUAGAACUUACUUUUGUAUCCGUUUUGUUUUUAUUACAUAAAUCUAUGAAGAAAAGUCAGGUCAUGUUUCACCUCAAAAUUAAAAAUGUAAUGUGAA